AUGACCACUACCAUCGACGAUCGUCAGCUUCGUCGAGUGAUCGAGCUUGCACACCAGUUCCAAGCCUACACGGAAGGAGCGCACAUCUGGUCACGCAAGUUCGAUCUACGUACGCAAGCACGAAUUGGCCACCUGGUCACUUCUUACCCCGCCCCACCCGCUACCAACGACCCAUUCCCACCAAGCUGGGGUGUUGAUCGUUCUAGCCUGUCUGGUACUGUCAAAGAAUUCCUUACAAUUACCGACAAGCUAGUGGAGACUUCACAGCUCUCGCCAGCUUCUGGGUCUGAGCCAGAAAAUCCCCUAGGGAAGCGAGCAAGAACCAAACCCCGGUCACGCAUGACAUCCCUACCAGAUCCAAAGCCAGGCCCAGCAACAAGUGACUCUUUCUCGGGCUACCGUGAGCCUCAGACAAGCCCCAGCCCAGACACCACUCCGCGUCGACCACGGCUAGUGAUUGACCGUACUCACCGACCGACCUCCCUGUUCACUACACCCCCUCAAGCUACAGACACUACAAGCCAGGAGUCUGAGCGCUCCCAGGCACAUAUUGACUACCAUCUUGCCCUACCGCCAAGUACCGGAAACACACCAAGCACAACCCCCGCCCUACAGCGCGAGAUACUGGGAAUGUCAAAUCCAAGCCUCCCACCCGGCUUCCAAGCCACAGCAACAGCGAAUGACCACUCCCAGGGUCCAAACACCCCACUAACCGCGGACACGCCACUCACUGUCGGCACUGCAAUGCAUAUCUUCCGGCAAAUCCUCCGCGAGGAGCGUACGCACGAGCCACAGCCCCGACAAGGCCGCCAAGGCCCAAUGGGACCCCCUGGUGACAUGGGCCCGCCCGGCCCCCCGGGUCCACAAGGCUCAGCCGGCAUCCAAGGCCCAGAAGGCCAACCUGUGCUCGCCUCGCCAGACACUUCUUGGAAGCCCAGUGACAUCGGGCUGUUUAACCCAGAAGCUAGAGACCCUAAUGGCGAAGGGGUGGUUACAAUCUCCAACGUGACUAACUACAAAGAUGUCUUUAUCUUCAUCGACCGGAUGAAGGACCUCAUCCCUACCAAGUCCGAAGAGAUCGUACGAGCCAACCUAGCAAGCUGUCUACGCGGCUCAGCGCUAGGAUGGUACUCAUCUCAACUCUCUGAGCUUGAACGUACCGCUCUACGCUCCAACCCCGUGGACUCUCCCUUUAAUACGUUGACAUACACCAAGCGCGAUAUCCGCGACGGCACGCCAAUCCGGGUAUACGUUCAGCGGAUGCUACGUCUAGCCAGAGGCCUGGGACACAGCUCCCUGUACGACCAAAUGAUCCAUAUCCGCCAAGGUAUCGAAGGAGAUCUCCGCCGCGACGUACCUCUCCCAACAGAGACAACGUCUAUGGCAACCUUUAUCCAAGGUCUCGAGAUGACUUACCUAGACUGGAAGGACGCAGUAGAAGACCGUGCCAAGAUCUACCGUCAAUAUCGACAGCGUAUGUCGGACCCCCAACGCCAGCAACGACGUUCCAGUCAACCGCCGGCGGCCUCUAAUCCCCAGGACUUGCGAUACAGGACUGACAUAAACCAGCGGCGACCUGCCAACCCACAGUGGAAUCCUAGACAAAGGGCCGACCAGCCCUACCAACGUCCAACAUAUGGCUACCAGGGCCAGCGUGCCCCCCAACAAUAUGGUUACCAGAACCAAGUCCAGCAGUAUAACCAGUCGCGCUAUAACCAAGGCCCACAGCAAGCCACCGCACAACAACCACGCCAACCAUGGAACCAGAACCAGCGCCAGCAGCCGGAUCGCCCGCAAGGUCGGCAGAAUGACCAGACCAAUUGGCAACAGGAUAGGAAGCCAUGGGAUAGCAACAAACCGCGCGCCUACAUCGCAGACACACAGGACGCCCAAGCCGAGGAGGAAGCCGGAGAAGAAUACCAUGCCGACGACCAAGAUAUCGACUGCUACGACGAGGCCAUCUAUGGCGACGAGCCGGAAAACGACCAGGAAGCCUACAUGGCUCAUCAGGAUGAUGCUGCCUAUGAGGACCAGAGCUUCGAGCCUACAGCGCAGAACUGCACACCUGAAUUCUCAGUAACUUGCCGUCACUGUCAACAGGGAUACACGUCUAACGCGGCUUUGCAUGUCCACCUAUCUACAUGCAAGCCACAGGCGGCGGCCGACCUGCCGUUCGAAGCCACAGCAUAUAUGGCUACUAACCUCCCGGUCAUCAAAUCCGACAAAACAACAUACCAGGAACCUGGUUAUGCCUACCGCUCAUGGCGUUACGCAACCGCCGCAAUAGGACUAAAUACCCGGGACAAUGUAGUGAUGUGCUGCCUAGACUCUGGCUGCGUCAUGACCCUCAUCGACUCGGCGCUGGCCAAGGACCUCAACGUCCCUAUCCACAAGAUCAAGCCUAUCCCCGUCAGCGGCAUCGGAUCACAGCAUAUUUCGGAUGCAUACGUUAAGCUAACCCUCCAAUUCUACGGGCCUAAAGCCACAGCCGAAGUCCACGCAGAAGCCCACCUUGUCGACGGACUACGCGCGAAACUCUUGCUUGGAAUCGAUGUCAUGGGCGCCGAAGGCUUCAAAUUGGAUUUCGAACGGAGACAAGCUACGAUCGCCUCCUGCCAGGACACGGUUUUCCCUAUAGGCCUGCAAGCUAAGCCAAAUCAUGUCGCAACAAGGCCAGUCUAUGCGGCUGCCCAGGUUAUCAUCCCUCCAUACUCCACAGCAAACGUCCCAAUCCGCAUCAAAACCAAACUCCCCGACAAUAGGGACUACGUCUUCGACCCAUCCGCUACACAGUGCUAUGUGCAAGCAUCUAUCGUUGACGCCAACUUCACAUACAUCCCUUUUACGAAUAAAACAGACACUCGACGAGUCAUCCCCGUCGGAGCCGUAUCGGAACGCUACAAGAAGCAGACUUUGCAAUGGCCCGAACGAAGAGUGAAUAUCUCAACCCACACACAUAACCUACAAACUGUGCUCCCAAACGGCGUAACCAUCUAUGGCAAGCCGCGAGUAGUCCAAAAGCUCCAAACAGUGAUUGAAACAUACGAUAUCUGGGGACAUCCCCAGCUGGCAGACAUUCCGAUGGAGCAAUGGAUGCGUAUUCCAAUGAUCCCAGGAUGGGAAGACAAGGUGCCGAAGCCACAAAUUUACAAAUGUGGCACGGCAGACCGCGCCGAAAUCGACAAGCUCUUUGACUCGCUCCAGGCUGACGGUAAGCUCAAACGUGCUAAGUCACAUACGCCAAGCGGAUACCCAGUAUUUGUCGUGUGGAAGUGGAAGACAGACGACAAGGGCGGCCGUCAGCGUAUCGGCCGUGUCGUGGUAGACCUCCGGGCACAGAACAGGCUCGUUGUCAAAGACAUCUACCCCUUACCGACCCAAGCCGAUAUUAUCGCCAUCACCCAGGGUAAACAGUACAUAUCCGUCUUCGACGCGGCAAAGUGCUUCUACCAGUGGCCAAUUCACCCCGACGAUGUGGGACAGAUGGCGGUAAUUACCCACCGAGGCCAAGAGGUAUUCCAAGUCGCGAUAAUGGGCUUUUGUAACUCCGUUGCCUAUGUCCAGCGAGUCAUGGAUAAUAUCCUGCGGGAGUUCUGCGCAUGGUGUCGUGUUUAUAUCGACGAUAUAGUCACGGCAUCUGACACCAUCCAAGCCCACAUAGAGCACCUGCACUUGUUGCUCCAUAGGCUGCAAGAGUUCAACAUCCAUUUAGAACCCAAGAAGGCAUUUAUUGGAUUCCCCUCCAUUACCUUGCUUGGGCAACAAGUGGACUCACUGGGGAUGACCACCAAAGCGGACAAGCUCCAGGCCAUCACAAGCCUACAAUUCCCCCGAACAUUGAAGCAACUGGAAACCUACCUCGGCCUCACAGGCGCUUACCGACAUUAUAUCGCAAAAUACGCAAGCAAGGCCGAGCCGCUACAAAAGCGCAAAACGCUCCUUCUCAAGGACGCGCCGUCUAAGGGCGCCGCACGCCGUAACCUCUCUAUGCGCACUAUACUGGACGAGCCAUCGAAGGAGGAGCUGGAAGCUUUUGCAACCCUCCAAGCUGAAUUCACCAAGGCGCCCUGGCUGGCACACCACGAUCCACAUCGACGCCUAUACGCCGAUCUUGAUGCCUCCAAGGAACAGGGACACGGGGUGGUGCUAUUCCACAUAAAGGCAGAAUAUGAUCACAAGGACCUUGCAAAGCCCCCACCAUUCACGGCGGUGCAGCCGAUUAUGUUCCUAAGCCGCCUACUAUCCACCGCCGAGAAGAAUUACUGGCCAACCGAACUGGAAGUCUCAUGUCUGGUGUGGACCCUGCGCAAGGCCCGCCAUCUAUUCGAAGCCGCUCCAGCAGACCUCCCGCCAGUCAUCUACACGGACCAUAGUGGCACAGUCACUAUCGCAACAAGCUCCAGCCUGAAGUCAGCAAACUCGGACAAUUUGAACCUUCGCCUUGUCAGGGCAUCGCAAUUUAUCCAACAAUUUCGUGUCCUAAUACACCACCGCCCAGGCGUAGGGAACAAGGUCGCAGACGCGCUUUCGAGACUACCAAGCUCCAAACCUACAAAGCCACGCGCUGACGAGGGCGAUCUCGACUCGCUAUGGUGCAAUCCUAGACCACCAGAUGAACUAGACGACAAGCUCACCUCAAUCCCCGACGACGAAAUGAUAGCGUUCGCGGCGACAGUCCAAGCUACCGCGUAUCCUGUAGACACAGACGGAGACCUCACGCUCACAUCCUCUAUCAUGCUCCUGUCCGAAGAGUUUAAAAGACGGAUCGUCCAAGCCUACACCGAUGAUACCCGUCUCUCGCGCAUUGUCGAAACCCUACGGGACAAUGAGGACGACCCGGUCCCAACGAGAUUGCCGUACGAGAUGGAUGGCGACCUGUUAUACAUGCGCCAAGCCUCAGGAGAAAAGUCACUCUGCCUCCCGCAAUCUAUGACAGGCGAGAUUUUCAAUAUUAUCCAUGAUCAACAGGGCCACCAAGGCAUAGAUAGGUGUUGGGCGAAAAUGCGCGGUGUUUGCUUCUAUAAGGGGCUAAAGCUCCUAAAGGAAUAUAUCGCUAGAUGUCCUGAAUGUCUCACCAACGCGGUACACCGUCACCGCCCGUACGGAAGCCUCCAGCCUAUUGUUGCCCCCCCAAUUCCAUUCCACACACUGACAGUGGAUAUCGUCACUGGGUUGCCAACCUCGCAUGACGACCGGGAUGCCAUGAUGUCAGUUACCGACAAGUUCACCAAGCGGGUAGGCUACAUCCCAGGCAGGGCGGACUGGACUGGCGAGCAGUGGGCCAAGCCCCUGCUAGACAUGUUUAUGCUAGGCGACUGGGGCCUACCGACGGUGAUAAUCUCAGAUAGGGACCCGAAAUUCGUGCAAGGCCUCUGGGCAGCCAUAUUCACCAUCCUAGGCUUGAUGUACGGCAUCGAACUGCGACAAGCCUGGGACAUGAUGCCCCAAGCAUUUGACCACGACAGAAGCUUCAAAGCUCGUUUAGAUGCGGAGCAAUCGCUGGCAUACGCGGCGACCCAAAUGAAGUAUUACUUCGACCGAACACACAAGCCGAUAUACUUCCAGCCUGGUGACUGGGUUUAUCUUAAGCUGUCUACAGACCCCCAAAAGCCCGGGUACACAAUUCCAGCCAACGAUGAACGACCAAGGAAGUUCCGACAACGAUACGUCGGCCGCUUCAAGAUACUCCACCGAGUCGGCCGAUUGGCUUAUAAGCUCGAUUUCCCUCCCACGUGGCGCCGCCAUCCAGUAGUCAGCGUCGAGCACCUGGAAAAAUGCCCACAGGGUGCAGACCCGUGGAACCGCCAAACAAACGACGAGAACCACCUACCUAUGGAAGACGAAAGGUUCCCAGACGAGACGAGACACGAAGUCGAGCGGAUACUCGCAAAGAGGACCACUAAGCCCCGUGGUCGCCCCCGUGCAGACGGAGCUGCGAGACAACCCACCACUAAAUAUCUGGUAAGGUGGAAAGGACAAUCCGCGCGAGAGGACCAAUGGGUAGCAGCAGAGGAUAUUGCAGCGGACGAACUUAUCUCGGAGUUCGAAGCCACCCACCAACCUGGCCCUUCCAACACCUCUCACCAACCCGGUCCAGCCAGGACCUAA